AGAGACAAGAGUGAGCCUCCGCACACCCCACGGGCGGCACGGACGAUCCAGCGCCCCACGAAAGACACUGUUGCUUCCUGAUGGCUCUGCCGUCUGUCACCCCGCGGCGGCUGGGACAGCGAGCGCCCCGCGACAGCACGGGGCAGCGGGGACAGAGCCCACCGGCCGCCUCGGGCUCCCGAGCAGGGCGCGCCCCCGGUCCCAGGCCUCGGCUCCGGGGGCCCUUGGCUCUUAUCUUCGUCGUCCUGGGUGUCCUGCUGUCGGUCACAGCUGCCUCAACCAUGCCCACAGGGAAGGACGGAGUUCACCAGCAAUUAACUGCCCCACAGGGAUGGAGGCGCAGCUUCUGGGAGUUGUGUCCACCAGGAUACCAUGUAUCAGAAGGUGGAAAAAACUGUGUAUCCUGUACAAAUGGAGUGGACUUUACUAAUCACUGGAAUAUGCUCCCUUCCUGCUUACCAUGUACAAUCUGUAAAUCAGGUGAAGAAGAGAGGACCCCUUGCACGGUGACUAAGGACACACAGUGUCAGUGCAAACCCGGAACUUUCCAUGAAGAAGACUCACCUGAGUUCUGCCAGAAGUGCAGCACUGGGUGCCCUGAUGGGAUGGUCGUGGCCACACCCUGUAGCCCCUUCAGCAACCUCAAAUGUGUGGACCGAAAAUCAGAUACCCAGGCCAGUGCGGAAGCCCUGGUUCCUGGAAAGACAGUGACCAUGAGCCGGAGACUGCCCACCACUCCCUCUCCCUCCUCAGGCGCUUCACAGCUGGUGAUCGGAAUUGUAGCUGCCGGUGUCCUCCUGCUGCUGGUGCUGAUCGCAUAUGUUUUCCGGAGGUUCUUCAUUCGAAGUCGUGGUGUGGACCCUAAGUGCGUGGACAAAGUCUUUUUCUGGUGCUCAUGUCCCCCAAGAGGUCCUGGGGCUCUGGACAAUGCCCACAACAACAUGCUGAUCAACAGAGAUUCGCUGUCCAUUCUGGUGGCCAAGAAGGACCUAGAAGACCAGGAGCAGGACAAGCUGACAGGUGUCAUGGUACAGUCUACGGAGGAAGCAAAACAUUUACUGGAACCAGCAGGAGCUGAAGGGUCUCACACGAAAGGAAGGCUGCUGGUUCCAGCAAACGGUGCAGACCCCACUGAAAGUCUGAGACUAUUCUUCGAUUACUUUGCAACCGCCGUGUCCCCUAACUCCUGGGACUCACUCAUGAGGCAGUUGGGCCUCACACGAAAUGAGAUCCUUCUGGUCAGAGAAGGGGUCCGGGUCCCUCGGGAUGCCUUGUAUGAAAUGCUAGAGACCUGGGUCAGCAACAAGGGACGGGAGGCCUCAGUCAACACCCUGCUGGACGCCUUGGAAACGCUGGGGGAAAGACUGGCAAAGGAGACGAUUCGGAACCACCUGGUGGGCUCGGGAAAGUAUGUCUAUGAAGAUGGUGAAGCAGGCUCUGCUGUGUCCUGAGUCUAAAAGAAUCUCUUUAUGAAACUACAGCUUCCCUACUUUACCUUUUCUUCUGGAAAGGGACACAUGAUUGGACACCAGCCUGGAUGAAACAGCCGGUACUUGACCAAUACUUGAAGGAACACUCUCAUCCGAUAUAUGUUGUAGAGUUCUAGAACUUUUAAGUAAAACUGGAGUAAUAUUUAUGAAAUGUCAUUGAUAAAUGAUGGUGGAAAUAUUUAUAAAUAUUUAUGCUUGUGUAUGUACUGAGAGUUGAUUUAGGAUGUCAUUUAGUUCAGAGCACUUUUUCAUCCUACCAGAAUUGCACGUUUUACGUGUAUUUUUUAAAUUGUGAGAUCCACCCAUGUUAUGUGUGUACUUAAUUAUGUCUAAUGAUGACUUAAUAUUUUAUGAUAACCAUCUUUCCAUUUUAAUGUUUUUGUAUAGAUUUAUAUGAACGUGGGAAACCUUUUGGAAAGGUUACUUACUAGGUUGACUACGUGGGUUCCCUGGAUGUGAGCAGGCAACCAUAAAAUCAGUAAAAAUACAGAGCGGGGCGGAGUACGAGGCCCAUUGCCGUGGGAGGCAUUGGUGGGAUCAAUUCUCCCUCAUAUGGGAGUUUGACUUUGUCUAGGAUUAGAUGACCAGCAACUUUUAAAGUGUCCAUCAUUUCCAACUGACAAUUUUAUAGGUGUGGGAUUAUUUAUAUUAUUUAUUGGUAGAUGUUUACAAAUGAGGAGUGAGGAGAAGUGGCAUCCACAUGCAGCCCUGUGUCUGGUAUCCGUGAAUUGGGCUGUCACGCGUGGGCCUCCUCCUGUUCAUCUAUGGACCUGAGUGGGAAGGGUGGGACAUGGGUGGGACACGUGAGUGUCAGAUAGCUUCUAUGUCAUGUGCCACGUCUGGUUUUGUUAGUGAACCUUCAGUUCUAUCUGGGCUCCAGGGAGAGAGGACAGGGAUCUGCUCCUAGUGUCUGCCAUGGUCUCUGGGAGGAAGAGUGGACGGUGCUCAUGGAUUGUGUUCAAUGUUGGCUGACUCAGUACUAGAUGAGCCCUCUCACUUACGGUGGUCUGUGAAUCUGAGUCCCAGAACAGCCUUUUUAGGGUACAGAUUCCAAAUAUGAGGAGCUUAGUGCCUCUGUAAGCAUCCCACUUCUGCAUGAAAGGGAACACAUAAACACGAAUUCUUUUUUUCUUUUUACCAUUAGAAUGUAUACUUUUUUUUUUCUUAAUUUUCCAUUUUAAAAAAUUGAAGUAUAGUUGGUUUACAAUAUUGUGUUACUUUCAGGUACCAAUUCUUAAAACCUGUGAGAAUUGGGCCUAAAAUGGCUGGAACUUUAGAGUUUUGUUCUUGUAUCACUUUCUCUUACUUUUUUAUUUGUAUAAUAUUAUAUAAUUUGCAGGGAUAUAAUAUAGUGAUUCACAAUUUUUAAAGGUUAUACUCCAUCUAUAAUAACCAUAAAGUAUUGACUGUAUUUUCUAUGUUGUAUCCUUGUCACUUAUUUUAUACAUAAUAUUUUGUACAUCUUAAUCCCCUACCCCUAUAUUGUCC